AGGGAGGAGCCUGGAUAUAAACCAAACAACCCUCCACACCCUGCAGUCGCUAGAAGUUCCUCCGCAUUCCUGCUAUAUGGACACACACAUAUAUACACACACAUAUACACAAACACAAAGCUGGGAGGAACCACACACUGAGGCUAAGGGAGUUUGAAGGGGUGUGGGCCUGUUGUAGUACCAGAGACCAAAACCUCAUCAUCAAUGCUCCCAAGUCUCAGAAUGAGCAAGGCGGGUGAUGAAGGUGGCGGUGGGGGCAGCAGUGAAACAGCCCAGCAGCCGGAGGGUAAGACUUCAGCGGGGAAGGCCCUGAGCAAACUCAGUGCUACCACUAUUGGACCAAGCUGGACUAAAGUUAACUGCCCCUGUUGUGUAUCGGAGCGGGUCGAGCCGUUGGUUCUGGUGAAGCUAGGGGAGAAAGUUCGCCCUGAGACGAAAAGGUGGCUCGUCAGAUUGAUUGGAGCUCCUCAGAAAGAUGGAGGUGCUGCAUUGCUGGCCCACCCUGGCGAGGAUGCCAGUGGUGACCUCAUCGUGGUCUCCGCCCCACGCUGUACGUUACUUAAAGCCACUGAAGAGUUAGGUCUAUGUAAGACUUACCGCAACACAGACAUGGAAGCCUUUUCCUACAAUGACAGAGACAACUUUAAAGAUUCAGACAACAUGGAGGUGUUCCUGACCCUGGCGGAGAGGCAGUACAUAGUGAGGUAUCAGCUGGAUGGUAUGCGGGCGCAGAAAGAGAUGAAAAUACCCGGCCUGUCUGACAGCUACGUACUGCAACAUCGUGCCAACAUCUGGCGCAAGCUUGUGUCAGCUGGUGUUGUUGUGGACACGUUUCCCCUCCACAACCCGACCAAACUGAGGGAUCUCAGUAACGCUUGGUACUCUGGGAAUCAAUUGGCUCAGCCGCUAGAUUCAGUCAAUGGGUAUUUUGGAACCCCUGUGGCUUUCUACUUCAGCUUCCUUGAUUUCUACACCUGGUCUCUGCUCCCACCGGCGAUACUGGGCCUGUCCAUUACAUUCUUCUCAGGCUCAACAAAUGCUGAAGAUGACUCAGCACCAGCUGUCACCGGUCACAUGAUCCAGGCGAUCUUUAGCAUGCUUUGGUCCACGGUGUUUAUGGAGCUGUGGAAGCGUCGGAGCUCCACCCUGUCCUACCGCUGGGGGACCCUGACACUGGCUGACCGCUUCGCCGAGCCUCGACCUGGUUUCCACGGCGACAUCGGGGUCAACCCAGUGACAGGUCGUAUGGAGCCGCUCUUUCCUGAAUGGCAGAGGGACCUGCGCAUGGCACUGGUGUCAGUGCCAGUGGUGGGGCUGUUUUUAGGGUUGGUGGUACUGGGAAUGGUUUGUUUCUACUGGGGGGAGGCCCAGGUGCAAUGGCUACACAAAGACUGGGAGUCCCUGCUGUCUCUGACUUUGCUCUACAUACCCUCAGUGCUUCACAUCGUCUAUACUAAUAUGCUAGCAAAUGUUUACAGGAUGGUGGCCCAGUCUCUGACUGAAUAUGAGAACCACAGAGAAGAGUCUGCCUUCGAGAACCAUCUGACAGCCAAAGUCUUGGUGUUCACCUUCUUCAACAACUUUGCAGUUCUCUUCCACAUUGCCUUCUUCAAGCAGGAUGUGCCUUUGCUUCGCAAGCGUUUAGCGUCUCUGCUGAUAGUGACCCAGCUGGUGAACCAGGUGACCGAGGUGGUCAUACCCUACCUGGUGGACCGCUUUAUCAGCGUCCCCAAUAGGGCAGAGAGUGAAGACGACCCACAGGAGGACAAAUAUAGAAACCAAAGCACCCUGCCUGCUUUUCCUGGCUUGUUUGCAGAGUACAUCGAGCUCCUGGUGCAGUUUGGGUAUUUGAGUCUUUUCUCCUGUGUGUAUCCUCUGACGGCCGUGCUGCUGCUCAUCAAUAAUGUAACGGAGAUCCGAACGGACGCCUACAAGAUCUGCAAACUCUUCCGGAAACCCUUCUACGCCCCUGUAGCCAACAUGGGCGUGUGGCAGAUUGCUUUUGAGGUCCUGAGUUUUGUCUCUGUUGUGUCCAACUGCUGGCUGCUGCUGCUGUCACCACAGUUACAAAUGCUGUGUCAGGAGGGCGGGAUGAGCGGCACAAACAUUCUGUUGUUUGCUGUUUUGGUCGAGCAUGUGCUGAUCUUGGUUAAGGUGGUUUUGGCAGUACUAAUCCCUGAUGAACCGGACUGGAUCCGGAAAAAGAGAGAGCGUAUUGAGUACACAUCCAUGCGGGCCUUGAGAGAGCAGAAACGGCAUCAAGAAUCUUGAUUGCGUUGAGGUGUUGAUGUUGUCCUGUACCGGGCUGCUACAACCAGAAAAUAGUACCCACUUCAGAGGAGAAGAUCUCUUAGAUCUCUGGCAGGCUAACAAUGCUGUGCCCCUGAUUCUGCCCCUGUACACUGUACACAUUUUUUUAAAUAUUAGACUGCAGAUUAAAUGUAUUAUUAUGUGUGCUGAAACAAAGAAUUUAAAAAAAGAUGUUAAAAUGAUGGAGGCCUUCUCAGGGUUUGUUUAGAUUUAGUGAGGGGAAACUGGAGAGCUCUUUUAAAAUAACUAUGGCUACAGAAUGUACAGUCAAUAUUUACAAUAGCAAGACAGACAGGACAGAGUAUUUGUUGUAAGGGCAGAGUCAAAGACCAUUUUUUUUCUUUCAGGAGUGGUUUUGCUCAGAUCACUUUGUGAUAAAACACAGUGAGUGUUUAGGAUUCAUAAUUAUUAUAAGAUAAAGUUAAGACGUUAUUUAACCCGAGGGAAAUUGCUGUCCAGCAGUUGCAAUACAAAGUGGGAAGAGUGCAAAUAUAAAAAGUGCAAAUAUAAAGGCUGUCAUAGAAAUGAAAGUCUUUAAAUUAGCUUUAAUUAAUCUUUUUGUAAUAGGGUAGACCCAAUAAAACUACAGAGAAUUAUCACCCAUCAGUGCAAUUCCUCUCAGCUGAGCAGAGAAGUUUUUAGCAUAUUUUAGCUCAUUGUUUUGGUUUUCUGGCCGGCAACUUUGCUGUUUUGAUUGACUCACCGGUCUCAUCAGCCUCAAUUCAGCUGUUUUCAGUAAAAAAACAGACAACCCCUAAUAAACCCACUGUAUGUUACCAACCAGCA